AUGAGUCAACAUAUUUACCCAAAAUACUUUUUUAAAAAUCAAACGAAGCUUCGAUUCCAUAAUGAUUCUAUUGACAAUGACAUUAAUGUUGCAGCCGUCCGUCGUGACGCUUCCGGACCAACCCUUGUCCUCCGUGACAACUGUAAGAUCAUCCCAGCCGGAGGAUGCUCCUGCGACGUGAAGGAAGGAAAUGAUGAGGUUGUGAUCCGUGAAUACGACAGUGUUGAUCAAUGCAAGAAGUCUGUUGAGCUGGCCACUGCUGAGAACAAGAAGGCAGUCAAUGAGGAGAUCAAGCAGAAAUAUGGAGACUUCAAGGACAACUGCUUCCCAAAACCAUCUGGAGGCUGCAAGUGUAAUGUUGACUUGGGACACGGUGAAGAGGUCGCUGAGUACUCCGCUGACGCCGACUGCAAGAAGUCUGUGGAGUCAGUUACCGCUGAGCACAAGAAAGAGCUUAAUGAGGAGAUCAAGGAGAAAUUCGGAGCCUUCAAGGAGAACUGCUUCCCAAAGCCAUCCGGAGGAUGCAAGUGUAAUGAGAAGGAUGCGAAUGGAAAUGAGGUUGUGACUGCUUAUAACAAUCCAGAACAGUGCAAAGUGUCGGCUGCUCGUGUUAAGAGAGAUGUCGGAGCAACUGUUCAACGUCAACCAGUUAGUGUGGCCAGAGCUAAUGUUAAGGAUGUCAAGCAGGCACAGCCGAAUUAUGAUGUUAGAGAUCCAGUCAGAGAACGCGCCCAAGCCAACUACGCAGCCGUUGUGGAUGAGUUGAAGAACAAGUUCAAGGGAUUGAAGGAAGGAUGUUUCCCAAGACCAAAGGGAUGUCUGUGUGUCAUCGGAAAGACUCCAGAAGGACGUGACAUCACUGACAGAAGAAUGAAGGAUGCCGACUGCAAGUGCAAGGAAGGAGAACGUGGACCAGGAUGUCCAGCUGCCUAA